AUGAAGGUGAAGGAGAUCAUGCAGCAAUAUGGACAAGCUUCUGAACAAGUUGUUAACUUUGACAAAUCAACAAUGUAUUUCAGCAGGAAUACCCAAAACCAAGUAAGAUUGGAGAUCAGUGAAGCAUUGCAUGGUAUAAGGGAGGCACACAGUGGGAAAUACUUAGGCUUACCAAUGGCUAUAGAGAGAUCGAAGAACCAGGUGUUUGGGUAUCUCAAAAGCAAAAUAUCUAGCAAGAUGCAAGGGUGGAAACAGAAAACUUUAAGUCAAAGGGGGAAAGAGGUCCUGAUCAAAUCAAUGCUCAUGGCAAUGCCAACUUACAUUAUGUCUUGCUUUAAAUUACCCAAAGAACUGUGCAAGGAGAUAAGUGCUAGAAUAGCCAGGUUCUGGUGGGGAAAUGGGAACAAGGACAACAAGAUUCACUGGAUAAGUUGGGGAAGGCUCUCAAAAGUGAAAGGAAAAGGGAGAUUGGGUUUUAGAGAUUUAGAAGCUUUCAAUCUGGCUUUGCUUGCAAAACAAAUAUGGAGAUUAAUUACAACUCCAAAUUUGUUAGUAAGCAGGGUGCUGAAAGCUAAAUACAUGAGACAGGAAGGGUGGCUGGAGAAGAAACCCUCCAAUUCUGCCUCUUGGUGUUGGAAAAACAUCCAUAAGGGAGAUGGACUACUGCAGCAAGGACUAUGGAAAAGAGUUGGAGAUGGGAGGACAGUGAAAAUCUGGCAGGAUAAGUGGAUCAUUGGAAAGAACAAUGGAAGAGCCUCAGGAAUGAAACCUGCUGAAUGUCAACUGAGGACUGUGAAUGAACUGAUAGAGGGUGGAAAAUGGAAUAGAACUUGUUUGCAGUAA